AGAUAGAGAAAUCAAAUGGCGUCUGCUUCCUUCUCCCACUUCUCUACUUUCAGAGGCCCCGAAAAAAUCCCCAACUCCAAAACCCUAAUUUCCAGCUCCAGAUCUCCUUCAUAUCCGCUGCUGGUCUCAUCUCCCUUAACUCACCUUCGAUCUCAUCAUCAUCAUCAGAUCUCUAGAAGCUUAUCUGCAUCGGUCUCUACGCAGCAGCAGAUCUCGGACGAUCUUGUUUCUUCAAUUCUUUCCAAGGUGACAGAUACUGACCGAGGAGUUCUGUUGACUAAAGAUGAGCAUGCAGAGGUAGCUGAAGUGGCCCAGCAAUUGGCAAAUUACUGUGUGGAUGAGCCAGUAAAAUGCCCACUUAUAUUUGGAGAGUGGGAUGUGUUGUACUGUUCGGUGCCAACGUCACCUGGUGGUGGUUUCAGAAGUGCAUUUGGUCGUCUUGUGUUCAAAACAAAGGAGAUGGUGCAGGCCGUUGAAGCUCCUGAAACUGUGAGAAACCAGGUCUCCUUUUCCUUAUUUGGAUUCCUGGAUGGAGAUGUUUCCUUGAAAGGGAAACUGAUAGUUCUUGACGAUAAAUGGAUACAAGUAAUAUUCGAGCCCCCUCAACUGAAGGUGGGGAGUUUGGAGUUCCAGUUUGGUGGCAAGAGCGAGGUGAAGCUGGAGAUCACCUACAUUGAUGAGAAGAUCAGGUUGGGAAAAGGAUCCAGAGGCUCCCUCUUCGUCUUCAAAAGACGCGGAUAAAACCAUGAAAGCGAUAUUCGCUUCAUCACACUAGAAUUAUGGUGUAUAUCUUCUCCUUCUUGUUUCUUAUUGUUUGUGUAUCAUGAGCUUUUUGUGUAUUGUGAAGGAGGAUGGUUAUUCACCUGAUGAUGUCCCAACUUGUAAAAUCAUAGUUUAGAAACUCGAAAACUCGACUCAGUGUCUUACCGAGUCAGUCAACUCGGAGACUCAA